CCCACGCCACGAUCCCCAAACCCCAUUCCACCGACCAAACCCCAUUCUCUCCGGCCGCCGGCCGCCGGCCGCCGGCCAUGGAGAAGGCAACGGCAGCACCCACGGCCAAGACUCGCGAAUCCGCGGUACGCAGCCUAUGGAAGUGGGUUCUGAGCAGCAGCUGCAACGGCGACAUCAUCAGCGGCCUCCCCGACGCCAUCCUCGGCACCAUCAUCUCCCUCCUCCCAACCAAGGACGGCGCCCGCACGCAGGCCAUCUCCCUCCGAUGGCGCCCCCUCUGGCGCUCCGCGCCCCUCAACCUCGACCUCGACGCCGCCCUCCCCAGCGACAGCGCCCGCGCCUCCCUCGUCUCCAGGAUCCUCUCCGACCACUCCGGCCCCGCGCGCCGCUUCCGCUGCCACUCCAUCCGCCUCGCCGACGACCACGACCGCGCCCUGCUCGACGGCUGGUUCCGAGCCCUCGCCAACCUCCAGGAGCUCGACGUCAGCUUCCUGCGCCCGUCGCCACGGCCCGAGACGGACGACGCGGUGGCGUCGUCUCUGCUCCGCCUGGCAUCAUCCACCCUCGUCAUGGCCAGAAUUGGGGGCUGCAACUUCUCCAAACAGAUCGUGCCAUCCUCCUCUAUCUUCCCCCGGCUGAAGGACCUCGAGCUACAUUACGUUUCCUUGUCGGAGGAAUUCUUACAUGGCCUGCUCUCUGGCUGCCGUGUGUUGGAGAGCCUCUUGCUGUGGAACGUCUUCGCUGCUACUGGCCGCAUCUCUAUCGCCUCGCCGACUCUUCGGAGCAUUGGCUUCCGCCUCUGUGCUGGCCGUGCUGAACUUGUCGUCGACAACACCCCUCGCCUUGAAAGGCUGCUAACUGUUUUUGUGGGCAGCGGUGGUGACACUCUCCGGGUAGCCGAUGCACCUAGACUGGAGAUAUUGGGCCCUUUGUCACCUACCGUUCAAGUAUUGCAGGGGAUGAUCCCAGUCAGCUCGGCAAACUCCGUACACACCGUGAAGAUUUUAGCUCUUACUUCUGCCCCACAAUUGAAUGUGGUUCUUGACGUCCUCAAGUGCUUCCCCUGCUUGGAAAAGCUCUACGUUAUUCUGCAGAAAGACUUAAAGAUGGAUGUGAAACAUGUGUUUCACCAUGACCCGUUAGAUCAAGUCAAAUGUCUUGAGACCAAUCUCACAGAAAUGGUGUUUGUGAAUUACCUCGGCUGUGAGCAAGAUGUUGGCUUUGCCAAGUUCUUUGUUUUGAAUGCAGCGGUGCUAAAGAAAAUCAAAUUUGGAGUCCCUAGGAACUACAACAACGAAUGGGUCGCUAUCCAACGGCGUCUGCUGGAAGUGAACAAUAGGGCUUCUCGAGACGCUGAGUUUGAAUUCGAAUGUGGUUUGGAUGAUUUCAUUAACUACUUGGGUAUCCAUGACUUGUCACUGACAGAUCCUUUCGAGUGCUUCUGUUCUGAAUGAGAGGCGGCUUCACAUCAUAUAUAUUGAGACAUUUGCUUCAAGGUGUUCUGCUGGUAUGGCUUUGAUCAUAUACGGACGAACUGGCUAAUCUCUUCCUGUGGGUGUGGGUUCUCCAGAAGUCAGUUAAAAAUGCAUGUUUACCAGAUGUGUCAUGUCAAACAUAUGGUGUGUGGAACUACAUUGUAGAACCAUACGAUCUGGUUCAUCAUGCCUUAUUACCAGAUGCAUCA